CUUGCUGUUCUCACCACCUCGACGCUCCCGAGGUGGGGUGGGGAAAUCCUCUCGGACCAUCUCAAAACGGAGGCCCGGGCUGCCAGGCACCUGGACCUAGUUCACCCGAAUGCCCAUUUGGAGUCCAAGGGGUACCCUGUACCCAAGGCAACCAAGACAGGAACCACUAUUUGUGGGACAGUCUUCAAGGAUGGAGUGAUCCUUGGUGCAGAUAGCAGAGCUACCAGUGACAACAUUGUUGCUGAGAAGGAAUGCCAGAAAAUUUACUAUCUGGUCCCCAACAUUACUUGUGGUGCAGGUACAGCAGCAGACAUGGAAAAAGUAGCUGAGUUGAUCUCUUCUCAACUGGAACUGCAUCGUUUAAACACAGGUCGCUCUGUACCUGUUGUUGCUGCAUGUCGUAUGAUCAAGCAGAGACUCUUCAACUAUCAGGGCUAUAUAGGAGCUGCACUUAUAGUGGGAGGAGUGGACAGUACUGGGCCACACCUUUUUGAGAUUCAUCCUCACGGAUCAUCACAGACUGGGAUGUUCUGUACUAUGGGAUCUGGUUCAUUGGCAUGCAUGUCAGUCCUUGAAAGCAGAUGGAAGGAGAACAUGAAUUUGGAUGAAGCAAAGCAGAUGGUGAGGGAUGCAAUCAAGGCAGGGAUAACCAAUGAUCUUGGCUCAGGAAGUAAUGUGGACAUGUGUGUUAUCACCAAAGACAAAGUGGAUUUCAUCCGCCCCUAUGAAGUUGUCUGUGCCAAGGGUGUCAGCUUCUUGAAGAAGAACAGUCUCACUGUGACCCCAUCCUGGAUUCCCACAGAAGUUAUCCCUUCAGCAGAGCAGAAAGAAUUGGAUGCUCUUGUCAGCAAAUGUCAGCGGAAUGAGGAAGCAAGUCGGAAGCUUUGUCGGGACCUGAAGAAGUACUGUGAUACAAUGAGCAGCCUUGGGAAAGCAGAGGUAGCCAUGACUGGUGACCUCUCAUCCUCCAGCAUGUGCCAGAAUGAUCCUCAGCUUUGCCACUUGGUUGAGGGAUACCAUGCACUUGCUCAACAGGUAGGCCAACCUCGAUGUUGUCGUGCUGAACCAUGAAAGGUCAUCGACUCCUUUUGUGCUCCUUGAAGCCACAGUAGCUUAGUGAGAAAUCAUCUGGAAGACUUCAUGUGCUGCUCCUGAAAGAGAAAAUUGGAACCCACUCUUUUAUCCUCCUUGACAAAGGCCUUCCAAUCCAAGGAAGAAUGGCCUGGAAUGAGAGUAUUAAUUGUGGAACCGAGAAGAUAAUCUACAGGACUCUCCUCAUACAGGGUGGCACAAAAUUAAGUAGACUCAAUCCCAGUAAUAGUGGAAAUGGGACCAUUUUCCCUGCUUCAUCAAGUUAUUGAUGAAUUUAAGUCUGUAUGUUUGACAAAUCCUGUAUAAACCAGUUGGUGUUAUUUCCUCCUCCUCCCCGUGAUACAGGGGUGUGGUAGGUCACUCAUCUGCUAUUUUAUCA